UGAGGGCUUUUGCUCUCAAAGUCUUUGGGACUGUACUUUAGUGAGGGCUGAAGUUUUGGACGAAAGGACAAAACUGCAGCUAAUGCUCAUUUAUGAGGCUAAAUUCAAGACUCAUAGGGCUACUAGUAAGAGCUAAUGCUAGUUGGUAUUUCAUUACUAGCGUUAACCCGCCAGUAAACUUGUUUUCCACCGCGGUUUGUAAUGUUAAAUCAGCCAACGUCCUAAAAAAAAGCCAGUAUAAUCGACUAAUAUAACAACUUUUAGACACCGGGUGUGACGGGUCUCCUGAAUAUUGUCCUCAAUUUUCCGCACUGUGUUAGUAAACUUAGUUAGCCUCUCCUAGGAGAACCUUUUGUGUCAUGGUUGCCCCUAGCAACGGAAAGAUGCUUUGCGCCUCGCUGUUAAUCUUAACAACAGCAUUUCUCAGGUUUUGCCAUAUACAGGUUCAGUGAUUAACUUCCACUUGGAUACGUGCGUCGAGGAACAUGAAGAGGAAACACCCAAAGAUAUAUCAUCACUGACGUGUGACACAUCAUUCAUGUAUGCUAAUCGAGUCAAGGGCAUGUAACAUAAACACUGUGGAUAUGCCUCCAGCAUCAGCAGCACAAGGAAUAACAUUUAAUCCAGACAGAGGUUUGGGCUUAGGUUUGGUGCUGGGAACAGACUAUGAGAGGAAGAAGCAGAAGCUUCAGCAGGAGCUUCAGCUGGACUACAAAAAUUAUGUUGCCAAGAAAAAGGAUCUGAAAACUACUGAAGCUCGUCCACAACCCCAGGGUCUCUCCCUACCUAUUGAUGAGAGGGUAUCAGUUAAAGAAAAACUGAGAGAGGAGAGAAAGAAAGAAUACAACCUCUUCCUACAGGGACAAGCUCACACCAGACGGUUAAAGAGGGGAACAUCUCCUGUCACUUGUAAACCUGGACAUGGUCAAGCCUCAGAUGCUGUGUGCAUUUCUUCUCCAGCUUCUCCUCUGCCUUUGCCCAUCCUCAACAGCCACACAAACAUACACCAUCCUCAAAGGGAGCACGCUGCAUCCACAAGAGAUGCUGCCACUCUGACUGAGGCAGGGGAUAAUGGAAAAAAUGGAAAAAGCACAGAGACUUGGGGUCCGGGACAUCAGGAGCGAAGGCGUUGGCACCUCUAUAGGCCAAAGGAGCUCUACAGCUCUGAGGAGGAGCUGAACAUAGACAAAGAUAAGGAGUUGGAUCUCAGACACAGGAGGUGGCAAGACACACACACUCCAAAGCCUGAGUACAAAGAAGAGAGGAGAACGUGGGAACGCAGAACUAAGAGAGCCCCUCAGGACAUAAAGGAGAUGGAGGCCCCUGGUGUUCAUGAUCAGAACAACGAGUCAGAUAGCCUGCAAAUGCCAGACAGGAUGACUACAACUACAAGAUCUAGACCUGCUACCAGCAAGGAUAAAGCCAAGUUUGCAACUGGACUCAUGAUUGGAGCAACAGAAGAGCAGAUGGCCUCUCAGUUGAGGAAAGAACAGUACAAGCAGGAGCUGCUGAAACAAAUUGCUGAACAGCAGAGAAACAAGAAGAGGGAGAAGGAACUUGAGCUGAAGGUGGCUGCGACUGGAGCCACAGACCCUGAGAAAAAGCCUGACCGAAUUAAGCAGUUUGGGGCUGUAAAUCGUCAUUAUGACAGCUGGAGACGGGAUGUUCCCUACAAGCCUGGAAUAGGUGUGGGGGUCAUAGGGAAGGACCCAGAUCCAACACCUGAGGCUGACAAACCCAUAGAGGCCACAGAACAGAGGGUCCCCCCAGGAAAGUCCCGGGUAGCCUUUCCCUCUCCGACCAUGGACAACAAUACAGCUCUCAAUAAGCUGCCUGGGUCCAGAUCAGGCGCAGCACAAGGUGGCCCCUUUCUGGACUAUUUUAAUGAGGACUACCAAAGGGGCUUCUCAGACAUGCUAGGAGAGGUGACCAUACCAAGAGUGGCUGGUGUUCCUCCUCCUAAACCUCCCGCUGUAGCCAAUACCUACAAGACUCCAUAUGACGAAGCCUAUUACUACUACGGAACCAGGAAUCCAUUAGAUCCUAAUCAUCCCAACAAUCAAAAUGGUUUGCCUGGGGGAGUGCAGCUGUCUGGGAAUUUCCACAACCCCUCUCCGAGACCACCUUCUGUCAGACACAGUCGUCGCACAGAAGCAACUGAUCAUCAUAGAGCAUCACCGCUGGUCUUUGGAGAGCUUUCUGCAGACAACUCCAAGCAGAGGAGAGAGAGUGCAAUGAACUACCAAGAAGCACUCAAACAACAGAUCAAAGAAAGAGAGGAGCGUAAAAGAAGAGAGAAAGAAGAGAAGGAACGAUAUGAUGCCAAGAUAAACGCUGAAAUGAUGGCCUACAACCCCUGGGGGAGGAGUGGGGGAGGUGCUCCAAUUAAAGACCAAAGAGGCAACCUUGUUAGUGAUCUGAAUCACAUGCACAGGAUCAAUGAGGAGUCAUAUAGGAACCCAACCAAUGAUGAACAGAUUCUUAAUGGACACACUCCUAGAGCUGAAGCCAGGUCACCUCUCUCCCAUCGAAUAUCAGGUUUCACUGAUCCAUCACCUCCGCAGCAGCUACACAUGCACGACACUUACAAAGAAGCCCUGAAACAGCAGAUAGAAGAAAACAGGCGAAAGCAGUCAGAGGAAAGAGAACGAAUGAGGAUUGAGGAGGAGAAAGAAGAGAAGAGGCUGGCGGAGCAGAGGGCUCACAUACAGCGGGAAUAUGAGGAGGAGCAAAGGAAGCAAAAGAAGAUUGGGCAUAGGCUGGAGAACCAAGGUUGGAUCCAUGAAUGUAAAACACAUCGCCCGAUGGAGGAAAAGACACUGAGGGAAGAACAGGAGAUCGAAAAGAAGGUACCUAAGAGCAACAAGGACAGAGAGGAGGAACAGGCGCCAGUGGUGAAUGAGAGAGAUCCAUCUCCUCCCAUCCCAACCUUGCAGAAGAAACAGACAGACCUCGUGGCCUCCAGACCUUCUUCUGCUCUGAGCCAACUUUCCUCCAGGACUGAGCGCAUUGCUUCAGCUCCGCACCUCCGACCAGUCCCUGGAAGAAUAAACCAGCUACAAGAUGGUACACAGGAAGUGAUGAGAGAACUGUCAGCCCUCCGUAGGUACCUGAGAGAAAAGCAGAGACAACUGGAGGUUCAGCUGGGACAGACAGAUCAACAGGAGACACACUACACUCCCCCCAACAGGCCCAGAGGACGACGAGUGGAUGCCUCUGAACCGGCGAACAAACAAGAUGUCCAGCCAGCAACCAGUAGUCCCUCCUCCAGUGCUGCAUGUGUUAACAUGCAAAACAUCCGGGAGUUCAACAAGCUUAAAUACAGGGAUACAGCAUCUCGUGAGGAGGUCCGUCACAUGUUCCCUGACCCUCCCACUGACGCACAAAGUCUGGAUAUCCAACAACAGGCUCUUCUUCGAGAACAACAGCGCAAAAUCAGGCUUAUGAAGAGAGAGGAAGAACAUGAUUAUUUGGACCAGCAACUGAGCCACCAUCAUCCUAGGAACAGACCUGGGCACCGCAUCCACAGAGACUCCAUUUUGCCAUCUGAGACUACCUUUAUUGAUGUUUACAGUGGUGAUCCAUCCAGAGACCUGGUUCAUCAGCAGAGAUCCCUUCAGCCCUCACCAGCACACCAGGAGAGGACAGCCCUGCAGAGGAGACACGACUAUGAUAGGGAGCGUGACAUCCAGCCAGCCCAGUCACCGCAGUCAGCGACCAGUCUGAACCUUGAAUCUGAAGUCAGGGCUCGCAACCAACAGCCCAGCACGAGACACGACUCUUGCAUUGAUGACCACAAGGGCAGAUCAGAGGGGCUGUCUGGUGAUGAAGUGGAUGUCUUGUCUCUGCGUUCUGCCCUGGGGAGGCGUGUCUCCGUGGAGACUGUUGCCACAGAAGCCUGGCUGCGUCCCGGCACGUCGGAUGCUGUGAAACGCUCUGGCUGUAAAGAGAGGCCAGGCAGCAGGAGGGAUGCUCCACCCUGGCUGACACAUCGCGUCGCAUAGCUUCCAUUAGCUGGUCUCCACUGAUGGGAAACUGCACUGAGUGAGGCUUUAGUCCGUCACCAAUUCCCCUUUCCUUUAGAUGCGGGUGGUGGUUUCUCUAAGGAUUAACCGAAGUGAGAACAACUAAAAAUACUUUCCAUUGACUAACAUGGUAAUUGUGGUUUUGAUUAGAUUACAUAGCUUCAGAGACCACAGUUUGCCAGUAAAAACAUCUAUUCAUGUCUGUCAGCUUGGACAAGAACCAGCUUACACAAGACUCACUUUGGCCAAUUUCUCUCUGCAGGAAAAGAGCAGUUUUAAAGCUGCAAUACAGAAUUGAAGGAUUAGAUUUAGUCCAUAAAAGUAACUGUAUUGUAAGGUGCAUAUUGUACAUGAUAAUGUAGUUAUUUUAUUAAUGCUAUAAAUAUACACUGGAGAGUUUAUUUUAUAAUAAAAUGUUAUCAUUCUAA